UAUAUACUCUUCAAUUCCCUUGUUUCAUCUCAGGAGCUCCAUCAACUAGAAUUUAUACAAGCAGAACAAAAAAGAAAAACUUGAAAGAUUUGAUGGCUUCCAAUGGGGAAUCUAGACACUCAGAAGUUGGACACAAGAGUCUUUUGCAAAGUGAUGCUCUUUAUCAGUAUAUACUUGAAACCAGUGUCUACCCUAGAGAGCCGGAGGCAAUGAAAGAGCUCAGAGAAGUAACUGCUAAGCAUCCAUGGAAUCUUAUGACAACAUCAGCUGAUGAAGGCCAGUUCUUAAACAUGCUUUUGAAGCUAAUCAAUGCCAAGAACACCAUGGAAAUCGGUGUUUACACUGGUUAUUCUCUCCUCGCCACGGCCCUUGCUCUACCAGAUGAUGGAAAGAUCUUGGCCAUGGAUAUUAACAGAGAAAACUACGAAAUCGGACUGCCCAUAAUCGAAAAAGCUGGAGUUGCGCACAAAAUUGAUUUCAGAGAAGGCCCUGCUUUGCCUGUUCUUGAUCAAAUGGUCGAAGAUGGGAAGUAUCAUGGGACAUUUGAUUUCAUAUUUGUUGAUGCUGAUAAAGACAACUACAUCAACUACCAUAAGAGGCUAAUUGAUUUAGUGAAAGUUGGAGGGCUGAUCGGCUACGACAACACCCUGUGGAACGGUUCUGUGGCUCAGCCAGCUGAUGCUCCGAUGAGAAAAUAUGUGAGGUACUACAGAGACUUUGUCAUGGAGCUUAACAAAGCGCUGGCCGCUGAUCCCAGGAUUGAGAUUUGCAUGCUUCCUGUUGGUGAUGGAGUUACCCUGUGCCGCCGUAUCAGCUGAUCGCCAGGCCAUAUAACUGGAAUAUAUUAUUCUUUUCCUAUUUGUUGCAAGAAUUCUCAAGUUUUACUAUUUCUAAUGAUUUCUUGUUGAACUUUACAAUUGUAUGAAUUUCUAAUAAUGAAUAUAUCCCUGUUAUUAUGUUGA